UGCAGCCACUCCCACCUAUUAUCCAAUGUGGUCUAGAGCCACCCACGUCUGAGUUAAUUAACAACACAUUCCUAAGAUGCCCAUGAUGUUCAAGCUUACCAGUAAGGUCUUUACUCCAGGAUGCAAAGGUGUAUUUCACAUUGCAUCACUAAGCACAACUGUAGCACAUGAUCAGCAUCAGCAAGAGAGUCCAAAGGCAAAGCCUUUCUCUGAAAUUCCAGGAAACAGUGGUUUGCCCAUUAUUGGUGCCAUUGAGCUGUUAACUAAACUAGGAAAUGGAAAAGUUGGUAAAGAGUCAUUUUUUCAUGAAGUGAGAGACAAGUACGGGCCAAUAGCAAAAUUCAAGACCCCUGGCUUAGACAACAAGUGGAUGGUGUUUGCAAAUGGACCAGAGGCAACUGAAGCAAUGUUCAGAGCAGAAGGACAGUACCCUUCUCGUAAUGCUCUCCUCAGUCGCAUGGUUGCCGAUUUGCACACGAUAAAUAAAUGGCCAUUGCCUAUGCUUUUUGCGGAUGGUGAAGACUGGAAGAGAAUUCGUUCGGCCAUUGGCAAGCAAGUGAUCCCCAGGAGGGUUGGUAACCUCACUCCAGUACUUUGUGAUAUAACAGACGACCUCCUCGUGUACUUCAGAGAAGUAGUUUCCAACAAAAAUGGUCAAAUUGAAGACAUUACACCACUCAUGACUAUGUGGGCAUUUCAAAACACCACAUAUUUUGUGUUUGGAGAGAACAUGAAUGUAUACGACACAAGCAAUGCUAACAAUCAGGCGUUCAUAGCUGCUGGACUGGAUUUCUUCAAUAGUCUACAGGCUGUAAUAUUGAAUCCACUUCCCAUCUACAAAUACUACCACACAAAAGCUUACAAGAAGUUCAUCCAAACAACCACUCAUGCGUAAAUUUGGUUGCCAAAAAAUUAGGUCGGUCAGAAUGCAAUCAAAAUUUUAGGUCUUGUAAUUCAGGGAAGCAAAUAAUGGAGAAGAAGGUGGUUGCUCUGAGUGAGGACAUAGCGAGGGGUGUAGUGGAUGAGACGAGGGCCGUGGGAAUUCUGGAGCAGUGGCUUAUUGAAGGGAAGCUUGAACCAGAGGAUGCUCUCACUCAGGCUUGUGACUUUCUCUCUGCUGGUUUAGAUACGACCAAGAAUACCAGUACAUUCAUGCUGUAUGAGCUUGCCAAGCAACCAGCACUGCAAGACCAACUGUGUGCUGAGAUCAGGACUGUUCUUGGUAACAAGGUCAAUCCAUCCUGGGAAGACUUACAGAACAUCCACCUCGUCCGCUACUGCCUCAAAGAGACGCUUAGAAUGUAUCCACCGGCAGAAAUGAGUAUGCGGAAUAUUAAAGAAGAUGCUGUAAUGAAUGGCUACAAAGUUCCAGCAGGAACUUUGGUAGUUACCAGCCAAUGCCUAAUGACCAGUAGUGAAGACUACUUUGAUGAGCCGGAUAAGUUCACUCCUGAAAGGUGGAGUAAGAACAAAGAGGACGCAUUGAUUCAUCCGUUUGCGUCUCUACCCUUUGGGUUCGGACAGAGAGGUUGCUAUGGACGUCGUCUAGCUGAGCUGGAGAUGUACAUCCUCCUCACCAAGCUCAUCCCCAGAUUCACCCUCUCCACUAACCAAGACUCCAUUACUCUGUUUCAAAGUCUCAUUCUUAGACCAGACGAACCAGUCAUCAUCAAUGUCAAGGAGAGAUCUGAUACCUAGAACCAAUUAUGAGGAUAAUGCAUGUUUAGCACUAUAGAUCUAUAUAAUUUAUAUAAUUUCCCACUAGCUCUCAUAUUUUUGCAUUCAUGCCCCAGAGAAUGAACAA